ACAGUCGAGACGCGCGUGCCCGGAGUUGCGCGCAUGCGCAGGUCCACCCAAGCCGCCAACUAGGGGCCAACAUGGAGAGAAAAGUUCUGGCACUGCAGGCUAGGAAGAAAAGGGCCAAAGCCAAGAAAUCGACCAAGAAGCCAGCACAUCCUCCACGUGGGGCGUCUCAACAGCAGCCUCCUACAGAGACCCAGAUACAAGAGCCCGAUGAGGAAAUCCUAGGCUCUGAUGAUGAGGAGCAAGAAGAUCCCAAUGACUAUUGCAAAGGAGGCUAUCACCAUGUGAAAAUAGGGGACCUAUUCAAUGGUAAAUACCAUGUGAUCCGUAAGCUAGGAUGGGGGCAUUUCUCCACUGUGUGGCUGGCCUGGGACAUCCAAGGAAAGCGGUUUGUAGCGAUGAAGGUGGUGAAGAGUGCAGAGCAUUACACAGAAACAGCUGUGGAUGAAAUAAAGCUACUCAGAUCUGUGAGAAAUACAGACCCUGAUGAUCCAAACAGAGAGAUGGUUGUGCAGCUGUUGGAUGACUUCAAGAUCUCAGGGAUCAAUGGAACUCAUGUUUGUAUGGUAUUCGAAGUGCUGGGGCACCACUUGCUUAAAUGGAUUAUCAAGUCCAACUACCAAGGUUUACCUCUGCCCUGUGUCAAAAGCAUCAUUCGUCAGGUUCUUCAAGGCCUGGAUUACCUGCACACCAAGUGUCAAAUCAUUCACACAGACAUAAAGCCAGAGAACAUUCUCAUGAGCGUUGAUGAGCAGUAUGUCAGGCGGCUGGCUGCAGAGGCCACUGAGUGGCAGAAAGCAGGAGCGCCGCCCCCUUCUGGGUCAGCAGUGAGCACUGCCCCAGCACCAAAACAGGUGCCCAAAAUGUCAAAAAAUAAGAAAAAGAAGCUAAAGAAGAAGCAGAAGCGACAAGCGGAGCUCCUGGAGAAAUGUAUUAUGGACUUGGAGGAGAUGGAGAUCGGGCCUGAGUGCAAAGAGGAUGAGGAAUAUGACCCAGAAUCUCCCAAAUCCCCCUCUUGCGCCCCGCUCAGACAGGCAUCACUGCAGGACAUUGCCACUGAGGACACAAUAAUGGAGACGAGAGAGAGGCUAACCUCAGAUGCUUCACUGGAACUUAACUGUAACGGCUGCCUGCACACCAGUCAAACACAGCCUGAGGAGAAUGAUAAUGGAGACCAGCAACAUGCCAAACUGCAGAAGGACCACCAUAAUGCAAAUGCUUGUGCACAGGAUGCGGCUCACAGCAUGUAUGAGUACUGUAAUGGGGCAGAGUCCCCAGAAAUGGACCAGGCUGCCUACAGUAAUGGAACCGUAGACCAAGAGCAGUUGGAGGUGGGAGAGCUGCACCCUGGGGAGGAAGAUCAGCAAAAGUGUAGAUCUGGAGCCAGGGAACAGAACAAGGAGAAGCUAAAGAACGGCAAGUUAGCAGCUGGCAGCCUAUUGGUCAAUCCACUAGAUCCGCUCAACUCAGACAAGAUCAAGGUCAAGAUUGCAGACCUGGGCAAUGCCUGCUGGGUGCACAAGCACUUUACUGAAGACAUUCAGACCCGUCAGUACCGCUCUCUGGAGGUGCUGCUGGGCUCAGGGUACAGCACACCGGCUGAUAUAUGGAGCACGGCUUGUAUGGCGUUUGAGUUGGCCACCGGUGAUUACUUGUUUGAGCCCCACUCUGGUGAAGAUUACUCCAGAGAUGAAGACCACAUUGCUUUGAUCAUUGAACUGCUGGGGGCAGUCCCACGCAAACUUGUACUGACUGGAAAAUAUUCCAAGGAGUUUUUCACCAAGAAAGGUGACCUAAAGCAUAUUACUAAGCUGAAGCCGUGGGGUUUGCUGGACGUACUGAUGGAUAAAUACGAGUGGCCUCGGGAGGAGACUGAGACCUUCACUGAUUUCCUACUUCCUAUGCUGGAGCUCUUGCCAGAGAAAAGAGCCACGGCUGCCGAUUGUCUGCGACACCCUUGGCUUGCCCUCUAGUGGCUUUUUGUCAUCACUGCACCUACUUCAGGCCAUCUCUCCCUAAACUUAAGAGACUGCAACAGAUCACUUUCCAGUUUUUAGAGCAUAUCAGAGUAGUUAUUUUUCUUCUGUAAAUCUGAGUGGUUUCUUAUGCUUGGUUCAACAGAGGAAUAGUACAUUUGUCUUUUUUGUUUUUGUUGUUUUCUUGGACUCUAAAAGUGUUGAAGUUUUCUAAUGGGUCACAUCAACUGUGAUCUCUAUACUGUCCCUUUUAUUUUGGCAAACCGUGAAACGUAGAUCCUGGAAAUGUCGCUCAUUGUCUUGUUUAUAUACCUGGGUAUUUUCAGAUGUUGUAAAACAGCCUGAUGUUGUAAAACAAAGAUGGGUGUGUAUAUAAAAAGAGAAAGUCCACUCCACCUGAGUGCUGACUGCUUGGACUGCAGUAUGAUGCAUAGGAAAUCCUUUUGUUACGUGUUGUUUCCUGAGUUGGAAAGGAAUGGGGGUUUAUGGAAAGGGAUUUGUUUGGUUUAAUUUAUGACUGUAGAAUAUAUAAAUUCAGAUUAUUUCUGUUCUGUGUCAAGAUUCACCACACCCUUGUUUCUCUCAACUUUACAAGUGUCUUUUGUGUGUGCAAGUGUGUGUGUAUUAGUUAAGUAGGUUUUGAUAUUGUCUGUCUCAAAUUAGAUUUUCUCUCUCAUGGGUUAGUACGUAAUUGUGUACAAGAUGCUUCCAUGCAAAGUGAGUAAUUGUUAAGGACCACCAAAAUUAGAUAAAAAAAAAAAAAGAGAAUCAUUAAUUGUCUGAAUGUGUACGUGCGUGUUUUUGUGUGUGUGUGUGUGUGUGUGUGUGUAUGUGCGCAUAUGCAUGCGUGUGUGUGUCUGUAUAUAUGUGUACCAAAGAGUUUGCCUUGAUCUGUAUAUUACAGCCAUGUACAGUUUUUAAAAGAAAUCCUACUAUUGUAUUUAAGCUAAGAUUAUUUAGCUUGAUAGGAGUGUUUUAAUAAAGCAUUUGAAAGAUGGGUGAAA